CGCUCAGUGUUAAAUGGACUGAUGUAUAAAAUAAGCUUACGUGGCAAUCUAGUAACCCGAAUGCCCUUAAGGGAUAAAAUGCAGCAUAUUUGACGGACACAAAAUCGGGAGAGAUGAUGGCAAUGACAACAGGGUUACUGCAAUUUUUGCCCUUCCGUGGUACUAUGGUGAGAUAUCCAUGCCAAAAGUGCAACGUUAAUUACCAGGUUUCAGGGCUGAUGGUAAAGGCUGUGAGUGGCCGCCAGAACCCUAGCCAAGGUGAAAAUAGCAGGAAGAGGACUUGGAGGCCUAGAAAGCUGUCUCCGAACAAGAGAUGGCCGCAGAUGAAACGGAUACCUUUUGCAGAGGAGCAGGAAAAGAUGAUAAGAGAUAGCUGUCUAGUAGAGACAGUAGACAUUGCUAAAUUACUGAAUGAAGCAGAUAACAAAUAUCAGUUAGUAUUAGAUCUUGCAGCUGAAGCAACUGAGUUCCAGAUCAAGAAUAAACGUAGAUCUAUUGACGUGCAUCCACUUUCAAAGGUUAUUAGUGAUAGAAUGAACGAGGAUGGAAUUAAACGUCCAGAUGGAUAUAUUAUAGAUGAUACAUAUGGUCUAGUCCCUGAUUCAUGGGUUAGACAAUUUGAAUGUUAAGUCUCCAUGGUGUUGUGCUCUUUAAGGGUCUUUGGGUCCCUUUCUUGGGCCUUCAAACUGACUCCAAGAGUUGGAGGUACUUCCAUCAUUUCUCUGAAUGUAAAAUUUGGUCCACUAAACUAAAACAGAGGCAAAAUUUCAAAUGUGAAGAUAUUUUAAUUUA